GCCCUUACGUUAGCUUGUUACAAAGGACAUCUAGAGAUGGUGCGAUUUCUUUUGGAAGCAGGCGCAGAUCAAGAGCAUAAAACAGAUGAAAUGCACACUGCUUUAAUGGAGGCUUGCAUGGAUGGCCACGCUGAAGUAGCUAGGUUACUUCUUGACAGUGGUGCCCAAGUGAACAUGCCUGCUGAUUCAUUUGAAUCACCACUGACUUUGGCUGCAUGUGGUGGGCACGUGGAACUUGCAGCUUUACUUAUUGAAAGAGGAGCUAGCCUGGAAGAGGUCAAUGAUGAAGGUUAUACACCAUUGAUGGAAGCUGCUCGUGAAGGACAUGAAGAAAUGGUGGCAUUACUUUUAGGCCAAGGCUGUGUAUCUAACACUACUGCAGGAGCUAAUGUUCAUGCAACAACAGCAACAGGGGAUACAGCACUAACAUACGCCUGUGAAAAUGGUCAUACCGAUGUAGCAGAUGUCUUACUUCAGGCAGGAGCAGAUCUGGAGCAUGAAUCUGAAGGUGGAAGAACUCCUUUAAUGAAAGCUGCAAGAGCUGGUCAUGUUUGUACCGUUCAGUUCCUAAUUAGUAAAGGAGCAAAUGUGAAUAACACAGCUAACAAUGACCAUACUGUACUGUCCCUGGCUUGUGCAGGGGGCCAUCUGGCAGUGGUGCAACUACUUUUGGCUCAUGGGGCAGAUCCUACUCACCGUUUAAAAGAUGGCUCGACUAUGUUAAUAGAAGCAGCAAAAGGUGGUCAUACAAGCAUUGUUUGCUAUCUUUUGGACUAUCCUAAUAACUUGCUUUCAGCCCCUCCACCAGCUGUCACUCAGUUAACGCCCCCAUCCCACGAUUUAAAUAGGGCUCCUCGUGUACCGGUUCAAGCACUGCCCAUGGUUGUCCCACCUCAGGAGCCUGACAAACCACCUGCCAAUGUUGCCACUACUCUUCGCAUCGGGAAUAAAGCUGCUUCUAAACAAAAGUCCAGCAACCAUUUGCCAGCAAACAGCCAGGAUGUACAGGGUUACAUCACCAAUCAGUCUCCAGAGAGCAUUGUAGAAGAGGCUCAGGGCAAGUUAACAGAACUGGAACAGAGGAUAAAAGAAGCCAUAGAAAAGAAUGCACAGCUGCAGUCCUUGGAACUGGCUCAUGCUGACCAACUUACCAAGGAGAAGAUCGAGGAGCUGAGCAAAACAAGGGAGGAACAAAUUCAGAAGAAACAAAAGAUUUUGGAGGAACUACAGAAAGUAGAACGAGAAUUACAACUGAAAACUCAGCAGCAGCUAAAAAAGCAGUAUCUAGAGGUUAAAGCUCAAAGAAUUCAACUUCAGCAGCAGCAGCAACAGUCUUGCCAACAUCUGGGACUGCUACCUCCUGUUGGGGUUGGAGAACAGCUUUCCGAGGGAGACUAUGCACGGUUACAGCAAGUGGAUCCCGUUCUGCUUAAAGAUGAACCCCAGCAAACUGCUGCUCAGAUGGGUUUUGCACCAGUCCAGCCUCUGGCCAUGCCUCAAGCUUUGCCUCUGGCGGCAGGUCCCUUGCCUCCAGGGUCCGUCGCAAAUCUUACAGAACUGCAAGGAGUGAUAGUUGGACAGCCAGUACUGGGCCAAGCACAGUUGGCAGGGCUGGGGCAAGGAAUUCUGACAGAAACACAACAAGGGUUAAUGGUAGCCAGCCCUGCUCAGACCCUCAGUGACACGCUGGAUGACAUCAUGGCAGGGAUCCCCAACCCCCGGUCCGCGGACUGGUACCGGGCUGCGGCCCGUUUAGAACCAGGCCGCACAGCAGGAGAACGGUAUGCACAGCAGCAAUGUCAAAUGGCUUGGGGUCGAACUCUCCAGGUUCUGGAAAUCUCUAAGCAGUCUCGAAAUACCGCGAGACUCGAGAUGGGACGAAGUCUUUUGAACCUCACCAGCUCCCAUACUUGCAACUGCCUCAACCAGAAAUUGCCCCUCCCCUUUGGCCUCCUUGGUUGGAGUCUUGGCGCUAGGCCUACCUUUUUCGCUGCCGGCCUGUCUCACCCCGGGGCGGGCCUACUCCCUUCCUCAGACUUCUACAACUUUUACUCACUCCAGACCGACCAGAGCACGCAUCAUUAA